AUGGAGAAACUCCGUCUUCCAACCUUCAAAGGUCUCUCUGACCCUUCUACUCACGUCACGUCUUUCAACAUAGCGAUGCGACGCGCAAACCUAACCGACGAAGACAAAGACGCCGGCUUUUGCCAACUCUUCGUCGAAACCCUAGAAGGACCGGCCCUUACUUGGUUCACCGGCCUCAGAGAAAACUCCGUCGACUGUUUCCACGACCUCUCAACGGCUUUCCUUAAGAAUUAUAUCAUGUUCACCAACCAGGAAGCGACCGUGUCAGAUUUGUGGAACCUCACUCACGCCAGCGGCCAAAGCCUCCGCGACUUCGUGGAGAAGUUCAAAGCUAUUGUCUCAAAGAUUGAUAUUCCCGACCAUAUCGCCGUCGAAUCUUUGAUGAACACCUUGCACAUCGACUCCACAUUCCGUCAGGAUCUCUACCGAUACCCGACAAAAUCUGUCUCCGAUGCCAUCGCUCGCUCGCACAACUUUAUCCGUAUGGAAGAAGACACAAGAGCAAAGUUCGUAAAAGAAGCAGCAGCGAAACAGCGACCCGCCCGAACAAACGACACCCACCCCGAGCCCCGCCAGCACUCCUCCGGUGGAAAUACCACUCAGAAGCGAGGCUACGUUAGCUCGGUCGGUGAUGAGGAAUCUCCAAAAUCAGCAGCCAUCACGCGAGAGAAAGGCUGGAACCACUGGGAUCGAGACUCCGCUCCGAAGCAGUCAAGCUCAUCCGAACCAGCGAGUUCAAACUCCGAGGAGCCAAAAAAAUGGUGCCUCUACCACAAAAGGGAUUCCCAUGAUACGAAGGAAUGCAAGGUCCUCAUCGGGCAGUUUUUCGACGGGAUCACUAAUGGGACAAUCCAAAUGCCCACGUCUCCUACGACACCGAAAAACACCAAAAGCUGGAGUAAGAACAAGGAGAAGAAGGCACAAAAGUCUCAAAAGAACACGGCCCCGAGCGAGGAAAGAGCAAGCCCUGAGCGCACUCCCGUCAACAACGUCGGCCCCGCCAACGAUUCGUCAGAAGACGAACACCCGCGUCGCCGGCGACGAGUGGAAGUCAUACUCUCUCGCCCUUGUGACUCCUCUGAUGAUGACGUCCCGACAGUGCAACCAGAUCUGCGCGAUAAAUUGGACAGCAAGGAUAAGCAGUCUCUCGCUCCUUCGACAACAGAUAAAGACCUGCGCAUUCUAUUGAAGCGAAAGAGCGCCGCGAACGAAAGCACAGGAACCGCCGACCUCCGUGCGACCAUCUCAAAGUGCAACGCCCGGAGAGUCGGUCAAAUUGGCGACCUUCGUGACCAGCUCAAUUCGAAGGCCGGCGACCUGCGGAUCCAACUAAACCACAACAAGGGCGUCCACAUGCCACAUAACGAUCCACUCCUCGUCGACCUUGACAUCGGUGAAUGCCUAGUCGCAAAAGUCCUUAUUGAUACCGGCAGCUCAGUCGACCUCAUCUUUCGCGACACACUAGACAAAAUGAGAGUUGAUUUUAGGGAGAUGAAGCCUUCCUCUCGCACGCUCACCGGCUUCAACGGAGCCUCGGAGGAAAUGAUCGGGACAAUUCGUCUUCCAGUAUACGCAGGUGGUAUAACCCGCACCGUCAAGUUCUCCGUCAUCCGCGCCAAAGCACCUUAUAAUGCCAUACUCGGAACACCAUGUCUGCAUUCCAUGAAAGCCGUUCCUUCGACUUAUCAUCAAUGCGUCAAGUUUCCCGGAAAAGACGGCAAAACACAGACGAUUCGGGGAGAUCAACAAGCUGCGAGAGAACUACUGAUCGCAACUGUAAAGAUGCAGCAACAGGCUUCCCUUGUCAACUCCGUCAGUAAACCACUCCACAAGAUAUACCCCCAAAAGGAGGAAGUUCGCGAAGUCGCAAUCGAUGAGUCAGACCCGACGAAAAUCAACCGAGUUGGCGUCUACCUGUCCGACGACAUAUGUUCAAGGAUCAUCUCUUUCAUCAACGACAACGCCUCGACGUUCGCCUGGAAGGCUUCCGACAUGAAGGGGAUCGACCCCGCAGUUACCUCCCAUGAACUGCACGUCGACCCGACGUUCAAACCCGUCCGACAGAAGCGACGAAAACUCUGUCCAGAACGAUCUAAAGCCGUAAACGAAGAAGUCGACAGGCUCCUCGACGCGGGUUUCAUUACCGAAGUCCGAUACCCCAAAUGGUUGGCUAACCCGGUUGUCGUCAAAAAGAAAAACGGCAAAUGGCGCAUAUGCGUCGACUUCACGGAUCUCAACAAGGCGUGCCCAAAGGACAGUUACCCACUCCCUCAUAUCGAUCGUCUCGUCGAAUCAACUGCUGGAAUCGAGGCUAACCCCAAGCAGAUCUCAGCGAUCCUCGACCUUCCAAGCCCAAAAAACAGCCGCGAAGUACAGCGACUAACCGGACGCAUAGCAGCUCUCAACAGGUUCAUCUCGCGAUCAACCGAUAAGUGUCUUCCCUUCUACGAGCUACUAAGGGGCAAUAAGAGAUUCGUCUGGGACGAAAAGUGCGAGGAGGCGUUCAAUCAACUCAAGCAUUACCUCACAACCCCCCAGUACUAUCGAAGCCAGAAGCCGGCGACACAUUGUCUCUCUACAUAG